CUACACUGGAUUGAAGUGAACUAGGAUAAUAUAGGCCUAUUAAAUGAUACUUUACUAAAUUACAUUGCUGAAGAUCAUCACAUCAACCACGUGUCUUCAACAUUUGUGAUGACAUUACCAGGAUUUAAUCUCCCAGAUUGCUUUCACUUAAGUUACUACUAAAACAGAGGAACAGCGCUUUUUCCUUUUGCUAAGACAGUGAUCAUCUUUUAGCAAACAUUGAAAAUGAAGCAAGUCUUUAUUUUUCUCGUCUUGUUGUUUUGUGUUCUUGUGCACGAUUUUUCAGGUGUUGGUCCAGAUAGAGUGUCAGUGAUGGAAGGAGAUUCAGUCACUUUAUACACUGAUGUCGAAACCAUCCAACAAGAAGAGAUAAGAUGGUAUUUUGAUGACGUUCGCAUCGCUGAAAUCAGUGGAGAUCCCGAUAAGACCUGUACAGAUGUUCAGUGUGAAGCUGGUAAUGAGAGAUUCAGAGACAGACUGAAGCUGGAUCAUCAGACUGGAUCUCUGACCAUCACAAACAUCACAAACACAGACUCUGGUCUUUAUAAACUACAGAUCAACAGCAGCAGCGACAGUCUUCUUCAGCUCUUCAAUGUUUCUGUUUAUUAUGCUCCUGAACGACAGAAAAUGAAGUCAGUGAAGGAGGGAGAUUCUGUCACUCUGGAUCUUGGUGUAGUGAAAAACCCAGAUUAUUUGAUGAAAUGGCUUUUUAAUGACGUUCGCAUCGCUGAAAUCAGUGGUGAUUUCAGUUUUAUCUGUACAGAUGUUCAGUGUUUAUAUGCGGAUGUCAGAUUCAGAGACAGACUGAAACUGAAUCAUAUGUCUGGAUCUCUGACCAUCACAAACACCAGAACCACCGACUCUGGACUUUAUUAUCUGCUGAUAAUCAGCAGCAGAUUUAGCAUCAAAAAGAGCUUUAUUGUUAAUGUCACUGGUGUUUACGGUGUUCAUACAGACAGUGUGUCUGUGAUCGAGGGGGAUUUAAUCAUUCUACACACUGACGUUGAAACAAAUCAGCAAAAAGAGAUUAGAUGGUAUUUUUAUGAAAUCCGCAUUGCUCAAAUCACUGGCGAUCUCGGUUUUAUCUGUACAGACUGCAAAUACAGUAAUGAGAUAUUCAGAGACAGACUGAAACUGGACAAUCAGACUGGGUCUCUGACCAUCAUGAACACCAGAACCACAGACUAUGGGGUUUAUCAUCUAGAGAUCAUCACAGACAGUGGCAUCAGGCAUGACACCUUCAGUGUUGCUGUUCAUGGUCUUUCUGCCUCUGAACAAGAUAAAAUGAAGAUGAAGUCAGUGAAGGAGGGAGAAUCUGUCACUUUAGAGUUUGAUGUAAUAAACAACCCGAAUUCUCCGAUGAGGUGGUAUUUUAAUGACAUUUGCAUGACUAAAAUCACUAGAGAUCAGAGUAAGAUCUGUGAAGAUGGUGAUGAGGAAUUCAGAGGCAGACUGAAGGUAAAUCAUCAGACUGGAUCUCUGACCAUCACAGACACCAGAACCACAGACUCUGGAGAUUAUAAGAUACAGAUCAACAGCAGCAGCAGAAUCAGCAUCAUAAAGACCUUCAUUGUUAAUGUCACAGGUGUGUCUAGUGCCGAUAAAGAUGGAGGGUCAGAGUCAGUGAAGGAGGGAGAUUCAGUCACUCUACAGACUCAUUUUAAAACAGACAAACAAGAAAAGAUUAUGUGGUAUUUUGAUGGCUUUCAAAUAGCUGAAAUCACUGGAGAUCUCAGUUAUAUCUGUACAGAUGUUCAGUGUAAUAAAGGUUCUGACAGAUUCAGAGACAGACUGAAGCUGGAUCAUCAGACUGGAUCUCUGACCAUCACAAACAUCACAAACACAGACUCUGGACUCUAUAAACUCAAGAUUUUUAGCAAAAGUGGCAGAAUCAGUAGAAAAAGCUACAGUGUCGCUGUAUAUGGAUUUUCUGGUGUUGGUUCAGAUGGAGUAUCAGCGUUUGUGAUGGAGGAAGAUUCAGUGACAUUGUACACUGGUGUUGAAAUACACCAGCAGAAAGGUGUUAGAUGGUUUAAUAAUGACAGUCUCAUUGCUGUAAAUGUUGGAGAUCUCAGUUAUAUCUGUACAGAUGUUCAGUGUGAUAAAGGAAGUGAGAGAUUCAGGGACAGACUGAAGCUGGACAAUCAGACUGGAUCUCUGACCAUCAUGAACAUCACAACCUCAGAUUAUGGACUUUAUGAUCUAGAGAUUAUCGGAUCAAAUGCGGAUAAUAAGAGAACAGUCAGUAAGACCUUCAAAGUAGCUCAACCUGGUGUUUCUGCUGCUCAACGAGAUGAAGUGAAGAGAAAGUCAGUGAAGGAGGGAGAAUCUGUCACUUUAGACACUCGUGUAAUAAAAAACCCAAAUUUGAUCAAAUGGUAUUUUAAUGACAUUCUCAUCGCUGAAAUCAUUGGAGAUCAGAGUAAGAUCUGUAGAGAUGAUCAGUGUGAUGAGAGAUUCAGAGAGAGAAUGAAGCUGGACAAUCAGACUGGAUCUUUGACUAUCACAAACUCCAGAACCACAGACUCUGGACUUUAUCAUCUACAGAUCAACAGCAUCUACAUCCACAUCACUAGGAGGUUCAGUGUUACUGUCACUGCUGACCUAACAGGAGUAUAUACUGCUGUUCCUGUUAUUCUGCUGCUGGUGGUUGCAUCUGCUGGUAUAUUUUACACUUGCAGGUGGCGUUCGAGAAGGAACUACAUCACGAGGAAGGAUACCGAUCAGGUGAAUUUUGAAGACUUGUCCCUACAUCAGACUGACUCUCUAUUGAUGACUCCAACCAGUCAGACGUCCCCGACUGAGAGUAAUGCUGCCAAUGAGACAUCAACGUAGGCCCGGCUCCAGAAUCAGAUCAUUGAGGGUGCUUCUUAAAUUAGUUAGGGUGCGCUCUCUG